UUUUGAAGGUUCACCAGCAAGAUUUUGAAAAAUCGUUGGAAUUCUAGCAAGCGUCGAUUUUGUGGAACGAAUUUUCCUUUCAGUUUUUAAGUUAAAAAUCAAUUUUCGAGCAUUUCAAAAUGAAACAGUACACGAUGGACAAUCUACCUGAGCUGAUCGACGGUGUAAGUUCAGAGAAUGUCGUUGGAGUUACGCAGUACAUCGUGAAUAUGAUGUCGCAUCCCGCCUACGGAAACAGCUACCAAUGGAGCAAAGAUGAUUUCGAGCUGGGUUGUGCGCUUGGCCGCGGAAAGUUCGGCCGGGUGUAUCUGGCGCGGGAAAAGCACACAAAAUUCAUGGUGGCCAUGAAGGUGAUGUUCAAGUCGGAACUGGUCAAAGGUCGUGUCGAGAAGCAGCUCCUGCGGGAAGUCGAAAUCCAGUCGCGUUUAAAACAUCCCCAUAUACUUCGACUGUACACUUGGUUUCACGACGAGCGCCGAAUCUAUCUGGCCCUCGAGUUGGCAUCCCAAGGAGAGCUCUACAAACACCUUAAAGCAUCGCCGCAUGGUCGUUUUAACGAAAAGCGCUCUGCAAAAUACACCUAUCAAGUGGCAGAUGCCCUGAAUUAUUGCCAUGCAAACAAUGUUAUCCACCGGGACCUGAAACCUGAAAACAUCCUGUUGACCGAUGACGACGAUGUAAAGUUGGCCGAUUUCGGUUGGUCAGCACAUACCAAUUCCAAUAAGCGCAAGACGAUGUGCGGCACCUUAGACUACUUGCCACCAGAAAUGGUCGAAGGUAGCUCGUACGACGAUUCGGUAGACCAGUGGUGCUUGGGAAUAUUGUGCUACGAGUUUCUAGUAGGCUAUCCGCCGUUCGAGUCUGAAUCGAACGAAGCUACCUAUGCUAAGAUCAAAAAGUUGCAAGUCACAUAUCCUCAGUUUAUGAGUGCUGGAUCGAAGGACCUGAUUUCGAAGCUUCUACGGAAACCAAGCAGCUCUCGCAUCUCUUUAGUUGAUGUUAUGAAACACUACUGGAUCAAAGAAAAUAUGGUCAAAAAACUAUAAUGUAAGUAGAAGUUACCUUGAUUAGUUUAAUUUCAAAAUACCGACUGCAUUGAAUAAUUAUUUCACUAUACAGAGUUCCAAUAAAAGUGGCUUUUUAUUACACUCGAAACAGCCCUGUCUAAAAACUACAGAAAGUUGGUUUGAUCCUCUUCUUCUUCGUUUUAUGUUGAUGGCCAGAGAAUGUAACUCUAUAACACCUGUUUGUUUGAUCAUUAUGCCACAUGGCCGUCAGCCAUGCGGACAUUUUCGAAAUCCCUUGUUGGUGGAGUUAAACGCAUUCCUGUAAAUUUUACU